AUGCAGAUCUUCGUGAAGACACUCACUGGAAAGACUAUUACUUUGGAGGUUGAGCCUAGUGACUCGAUAGAGAACGUGAAGGCUAAGAUUCAAGACAAAGAAGGCAUUCCACCGGAUCAGCAGCGUCUGAUAUUCGCGGGAAAGCAGUUGGAAGACGGCCGUACCCUUUCCGACUACAACAUUCAGAAGGAGUCGACUCUGCACCUUGUGCUUCGUCUUCGUGGUGGGAUGCAGAUCUUCGUGAAGACUUUGACCGCCGAGUGA